GGGUUGGUGUACCCACACAAGUUGGUGUAUAUGAAACACUUGUUCCUUGUCCAAUGGUACACGUCACUGUCACCAUCACCAUCACCAUCGGCUCUCUGCGAUCUUUCUCCUUCCUCUAAUAAUUCCAUUCUCUGUAGAUCUACACCUCCGCCACCACCCUCUUCCGCUUCACUUCCAAAACCACUCAAAUUCAACCCUCACACCCUCCACACAUGGCUGCUCCCGCCACUUCCCACCAACCAAAUCCUCUCAUCACUCCCUACAAGAUGGGACCUUUCAAUCUCUCUCAUAGAGUUGUCUUGGCGCCGCUCACCAGACAGAGAUCCUACAACAACGUUCCACAACCCCACGCCGUUCUCUACUAUUCUCAGAGAACCUCCAACGGAGGCCUUCUCAUUGCCGAAGCUACCGUAGUUUCCGACACCGGUCGAGGGUACCCGGACACGCCUGGCAUAUGGACGAAAGAGCAAGUGGAAGCAUGGAAACCCAUCGUCGAAGCUGUUCACGCCAAAGGCGGUAUCUUUUUUUGUCAGAUUUGGCAUGUUGGAAGAGUUUCAAAUUCAGAUUAUCAGCCAAAUGGACAAGCACCCGUAUCAUCAACGGACAAGCCAAUCUCACCAGAAAUUCCAAGUAACAGCAUGGAUAAAGUGCAUUUCACGCCACCACGACGCCUAAGUAAAGAUGAAAUUCCUCAUAUUGUCAAUGAUUUCAGAGUUGCUGCAAGGAAUGCCAUCGAAGCUGGUUUUGAUGGGGUUGAGAUCCAUGGUGCACAUGGGUACCUACUAGAGCAAUUUAUGAAAGACAAGGUGAAUGACAGAAGAGAUGAAUACGGUGGAUCCUUAGAGAACAGGUGCAGAUUUUCUUUGGAGGUUGUUGAAGCUGUUGUUAAUGAGAUAGGAGCAGAUAGAGUUGGAAUCAGGUUAUCACCAUUUGCAGAGUACGAAGAAUGUGGAGACUCAAAUCCCAAACAACUGGGGCUUUACAUGGUUAAUGCCCUGAAUAAGUAUGGUAUUCUGUAUUGUCACAUGGUGGAACCAAGAAUGAAAACUGUUGCACAAAAGAUUGAAUGCUGUGAGAGCCUGGUGCCUAUGAGAAAGGCCUUCAAUGGUACUUUUAUAGCUUCUGGAGGAUAUGAACGGGAAGAUGGGAUGAAAGCCAUUGCUGAAAACAGAGCUGAUCUUAUUGCGUAUGGUCGUUGGUUCUUGUCGAAUCCAGAUUUGCCCGAGAGAUUUGCUCUGAAUGCUCCUCUGAACAAGUAUAACAGGGAAACAUUCUACACCAGUGAUCCAGUUCUUGGGUACAGUGACUACCCUUUUCUUGAUGAGGACUCCAUCGUGUAGCAUCCUAGGAUUUUUGUAUUAAGCUUUUCUUCCCAUGCAAAUUCUUAGCUAUUUGCAAAUUGGGUUGGUCAGAGUUUCGUUCACGUAGUUUUUAGUUACUUCUCUGGUAUAUCCUAGAUCAAUUUGGCAUGUAUUCUAAGAUGUAAAGGUGUGUAGCACGUAGAACUGUUAUUCUUGUAAUAAUAAUGUGGCUAGAUCCCAGUGACGUGCGUUGGGCGAAAGCUACGACACUUGUUUUUACGGGCCAAACUUAUUCGGUCUGUAUUAAAAAUGGGUCUUUCUUCCUGCA